AUGAGCUGUGAUCUGAACAACAUGUGUGUGGGCGGUGAAUUUGGCCUAUCAGCUCUUGCUGAGCUGAUCCGUCUCAUGGAGAAAAGAAGCUCUGAUGUGAAGCAGCAGCUCAGAUCCCAGCAGAAGAGAGAAGUGAGUCGAGUCAGAGAGCUCCAGGAGAAGCUGGAGCAGGAGAUCUCUGAGCUGAAGAGGAGAGACGCUGAGCUGAAGCUGCUGUCUCACACAGAGGAUCACAACCAGUUUCUGCACAGCUACCCCUCACUGUCAGCCCUCAGUGAUCCUACACACUCCUCCAGCAUCAACAUCCGUCCUCUGAGCUACUUUGAGGACGUGACGGCGGCCCUGUCAGCAGUCAGAGACAAACUACAGGACGUCCUGAGAGAGGAAUGGACCAACGUCUCACCGACUGAAGUGGAUGUUUUACUGUCAGCAGCAGAGCCCACCACCAGAGCUGGGUUCUUAACAUAUUCACAGGAGAUCACUCUGGAUCCAAACACAGCACACACACAGCUGGUAUUAUCUGAGGGGAGCAGAAAAGCAACACGCAUGGGACAACAACAGUCUUAUUCUCGUCACCCAGACAGAUUCACUGUUUAUCCUCAGGUCCUGAGUAGAGAGAGUCUGACUGGACGUUGUUACUGGGAGGUGGAGCGGAGAGGGGGAGGAGUUCGUAUAGCAGUCGCAUACAAGAAUAUCAUCAGAGCAGGGAGGUGGGGGGAAAGUCUAUUUGGAAACAAUGACAAAUCUUGGUCCUUAGAUUGUGACCAAAACAGUUAUUCAUUUCGUUACAACAAUAUCAAAACUCCCGUCUCAGGUCCUCCGUCCUCCAGAGUAGGAGUGUACCUGGAUCACAGAGCAGGUAUUCUGUCCUUCUACAGCGUCUCUGAAACCAUGACUCUCCUCCACAGAGUCCAGACCACAUUCACUCAGCCGCUACAUGCUGGAGUUUGGCUUUAUUAUGUUGGAGACACAGCUGAGUUGUGUAAACUGAAAUAGCCUGAAGUCAUUUGAGGAACUCUUCUACUUCUUAAACUCAUUGAGUCCAUCAUUGUUGCUGAGAGCUGAUUGUUCAUGUCUUCACUGCAGAGAUCAGCUGUCAAUCAAACAUGAUGGGAUGUGCUUUAACAUCUUCUCAUGAGUUGUUCUGUAUGUUGGAGUUUCUUCAGGCGGUGCUCCUUCCGGUGUCUGUGUAGCCAUGGAGGCUGUCACUGCUCAGGAGGAUUUCUGUUCACCUCAACUCAUAUUUCUCUGCAUGAAAAUUUAAAGUUUGCUCUAAAUAUUUGUUGAAUAUUUCCAUUGAUGCAUUUAUAUUGAGUUCUUUCUCUUUGAAUGCCUGAGUCUUAAGAGAGAAAGCAGCAGAGCUUCUUUCAUUAUAGAUAUUUUAUUCUCACUGCUCUGGAAAAAAGAAGAUACAUUUAUAAUGACGUGUAUUUUCACAGACUAAAUGUUAUUGUUGUUUCCAAAAUCGACUAACAAAUGAGAUACUUUGAUGUUAAUAAAAUGUGUGUGAUCAGAAAA